GAAAGAAGUAAGAAAUGUAGGAAUUGUAAAAGAUAUAGAAAAGGUAGAAGAAGUAAAAGAUAUAAAUAAUGAAGAUGUAGAGAAAGACGUAAGGGAAGAUGUAAGGGAAGACGUAAGGGAAGACGUAAGGGAAGAUGUAAGGGAAGAUGUAAGGGAAGAUGUAAGGGAAGAUGUAAGGGAAGAUGUAAGGGAAGAUGUAAAGGAAGAUGUAAGGGAAGAUGUAGAGGAAGAUGUAGAAAAGUUGCUCGAAAAUGUGUUCCUUAUAUAA